AUGUUCAAUUAUAAGGAGAAGUCAUCAAAUAUCAUAAUUGAAAUAAUAGUAUAUAAAAAUAAAGGUAAAUAAAGUUUAAAAAUCACGAUUAGGAAAUAAAGUUAAUCGUUUGAUGACGAAGAUAUUUUUAGCAUAAAAUCUACUGUUUCAAAGUUGAAAUAGGAAUAGAAGCAAGAGAAAUUUUAAAUACAAAAGGCUUGUAUCAAAUCUUAUUUAAAUGAUGAAUAAAAAUUUGAUGUAUUAAAUAAUUGUAAAAUUUAGGAAUAAAAUCAAAGAGUAAGAGAGUAAAACUGGAAAAUAAAUCUUUACGAAAUACAAUAAGUGAUAAACAGGAAGAGAUCAAAUAAUUUAGAAUUUUUAAGAUGAUGUUAUCUUUGUUAAAAAAAUUUUUGAAUCUUUUUAGAAAGAGUUUAAAUUAUAAUAUUAUUCGAAUAAAAAAUGUAAUUCUCGUAAACAACUUUGUUGCAUAGAAUUUAAUCAAUACAUUAUGAAUAAACUAUUUCAUAGUUUAAAAAAGAAAAGCCAAAUCGUUUUUGGAAUAUUUAGAAGAGAUAAGUCUAAAGAUAAAUGGUAUAUACUCUAUUAAUACUUAUAAUAAUUAAUUGAAAUGUAAAUGAGCAUCUAAAGACCACAUACUUCCACAACUAGAGAUAUAUCAACAAGUGUUUUUGGAUAAAGUCGCAUAGAAUGGCAUUCUCCUAAUAAAGAUUUGGAUUGGAAUUAAGAAAAAUACAUAAAAUAAGAGAAUGAAAUCAUUAUUGAAUGUAAAAUAUAAAUUCCAUCUAUAAUAGAAAGUGAAUCCCCUAUUUAACAGAAAUAAAAGCAAGUUACAGUUUAAUAAUACAAGUUAAUAAGUUUUGCUGAAUUAAUUUAAAGUUUUAGAUUAAGUGAAGGAUAAUAUUCAGUUCGAAAUAAAUCAAAAUGUUCUUGUUAUGGGUUUUCGUCAGUGAUCUCAACAACUGAUUAAGUUAAAUAAAAGUUCAUUUAAAUAGGAAUGAAUUAGUUAGAGCUCUAAAAUGAAUUUCAUAGAAAUACUGUAUAUUCUAUACAUUAUCUUUUAAACAAUGGUGAAAAACCUAAUGAGAACUAGUUAAAAAUGAUUUCAAAAUAUGUUUCAAAAUACUUUUAGUUGAUGCAAUUUCUUUCUUGUUUAGAAUUUGAAACACCUUAAUUUUAAAUACUCUAUAAAGAAUCAGGAGAAUUAUUAAUAUAAUUAGUAAUGAAUGUAGGAUAGAUGGUUUUUGAAUAAUUAUUGAGUAAUAAAUUAAACAAAUUAAUCUAAAAAGAGUAAUCUCAUUUGUUUCACAAUAUCCUAAGAAAUUAUCAGAGUAGUCUUAUUUUCCAUAUAUACAAAGAAAUAAAAAAAUAAAAUCUUCCACUAUAAAUUUUGAUAAAAAAUUAUGAAAAAUCUGAUCCUAAUUUAUAUUAUUACUGGUAUAUUCAAUAGAAAUAAUACAAUAAUAAUCUAUUCUCAGAUUGA